AUUUAAAACCAAACCUUGAAAAGCAACAAUGAAACUGCUAUUUUUAAGUGGCUGAAGCGACGCUGGUGGGGGUGGUGCUGACGGUUUGUGGUGGUGGAGGAGAGCUAACGGUGGUGACUGAAGGACGCGGUUUUCUAUUUAUUUUGUUUGGAAGAGAGGAAAAGGGCGACAUGCACAGAAUUCAAGCUUAGUAGAUGGAAUAGAACAAUGCUCACUAGUGUUGUUUGUCUUCCAUUUCAUCAAAAUUCCAAAGGUCACUGAUGUAUAUGAGCUGACUAACAAAUACAGCGAAGAUUUCCUCUCAACGCUUUCAAAGAUCCUUUUGAGCUUACUCUUAAGUCGAGAUAUUUCGGAACAGUAGUUUUACAACAAUGCAAAACAAAAAGGAUUCCGCUGUCAGUUCUCACUCGACGUGCACAUAUGUUGUUGGCUGCCCAUUGUGGGAAAACUCAACUGGAUCUCACGUCCAGCAAUCAAAUAUGUCCGAAAGUUUAAGCCUGAAGAUGGGAGUUCUGCCUCGAUACUUAAACAACACCAAGCAGCUAAGUUUUCAGUUCCAGGACCAGGACACAUCAUCAACUCAAUCGACUUGUCAAUCUUAUGCUGAAGUGGCUAGUGCUGGUGAUAGCACUCUUAAUGAGCAAAGUUUAAUUUCAGCAUCAUCAGGAGGAAGUGAAGCGCACAGGAAGCUUGUUGGAGGUCAUGCUAAAUUAGCCUUCUCAAUGGGAACUCAGGAAUAUGGGCUCGCUCCUUCACAAGUUGACUAUAACAAAUCAAUUGCUCACAUUCCGCUCCCUUAUGCUGAUCCAUUCAGCGGUGUGGCUUCUCCUUAUGCUCCGCAAGCUAUGCAGAUUCAACCUCGUACGAUGGCUGUACUCCCUGCUCGUGUUCCACUGCCUCUGGAGCUUACACAAGAUGGACCUAUCUAUGUUAAUGCAAAGCAAUAUCAGGCUAUUCUGAGGCGAAGACAGAAUCGUGCAAAACUUGAGGCUCAAAACAAACUCAUCAAAGCUCGAAAGCCGUACCUGCAUGAAUCUCGACAUCUUCAUGCUUUAAAACGAGCUAGAGGAAGCGGUGGGCGAUUUCUCAACACAAAGAAACUCCAGGAAUCAAACAGUAUUCCUACAAGCAACAGUGUAGACAUGUAUAUCUCCCAAUCCAAAGUUCAUCAGUUGGAAAACUACAAAGAUGCUGCUUCAACUACCUCUCGCUCCAAUGUCACAACUGCCUCCAAUGAUGAAAUGUUCCAGCAUCUGGAUUUCAGGUUCUCCGCCUAUCCUUCUCACGUUGGUGGACCCAUGCCCGGUCAUGCUGCUGAUAUGCAAGGUGGUGGAAACAUCCAUCAUCAUCUCUAAGAUAGACGAGUUAACAAAUACUCAUCCGAGCAGUCUCGCGUAUAAGAAGCGUCUGCUUUGUUCCCAUGGGAAGUCAUCCUUGGCUCUAUUUACUUUGCUGUUCUAGUUUACUUUCUCCUGUCAGCAUAGACUGUUUCAAAACCAUGGACAUAUUGGUAAUCUCUUACCAAGGACUCGUAAACAUGCUGUG